UAGGCAGAAAAAGUCUGGUCAAUAUACGUAUACACUGAUAUUGAAAACAAACUUAUGCUUUGGGGAACUUGCAUAUACAUAAUCUACAUUAGUAGUCACAUGAUCAACUCCACACCAAGAAUUGUGAUUGAGAUGGAUUUGAGUCCAGCUGCUUCCUAUCCAUGAGCUGUGCCUUCUGACAAGCCCACUGUAUGCACAAGCCUCUCUCGACUGACAUUAUCUGAGGAUUUUAGUCUUUUUCUUCCUCCAUGGUUGUUUCAAGCCUAAAGCAACGAUAAAUAGAAAUGCUAGCCAUUGUUUCAGCUAGGACAUGAUAUUCCUUCACCUAUGCACAUGUAGAGUCAGCUUAAAAAAAUGCCAAAGCAAAAGUAUAGUUUUCCAACCAUAACGCUUGAAAUAAGCUGGAGCUAUCCUGGGGAAAGUUAAAAGAUUUUGAAGCCCGACGCUCUAACAAUAUUCAAAUACAGCCACACACAUUAGCAGAUAAGUCAGCACCUACAUGUACAUGUACAAAAAACUAACAAGCCUAUGUAAUCUUAGGACGAAACUAACUCUGAUGUCUUCAGAUUAACUUGGCUCAUGUAUGCAUGUGUGUAGGCUUAAUUUCUGCGCAUACAAUGUAUGGGUUUGCUUACUAAAGAACCUGUCUCAGUAAGUGCAUCACAAUACAUGUACAUGUAUAAACUCCCUGUGUACGUGCAGACUGCAGAGGGUCACCAGUGUUAUUUGUCUGUGUGUAAAAAUAGAUCUGGGAAUUUCCCAAAACUGUUCACAUAAUUAUGGUGUCAACAUGUGCAAUAUGUGUGUACCUACAUGUGAAAUGGCAUCACCGCCACGUUUCGAUGGAACAAAUUUCAAAUAUUCAUGUGAAAAUAUUGCAAUCACAAAGAAUUAAGGUUGUGUAUUCCUGACAUCCAGAUGGCAUCAAGAAUCACAGCAGAAUCGAUCCUGCGUAAAAUUAGUGAGGGUCACCUGGAAUGUCCCAUCUGCUCCUGUCGUUUUAGUGACCCAAGAGUCUUGGACUGCUUGCACAGCUUUUGCCUGCGAUGCAUCCAGCAGCUCAGGCCCUGCAUCGAUCAGCACAGAAGAGAGCUAAAGCUCACGGUGGCAUGCCCUCUCUGUAGGCAUCAAACCACGACAAUGAAAAUGGACAGCCUUCCCGCCAACUUCACACUGAGAGCUCUGGUGGAAGAAGUCGGCCUGAUGGAACAGCUACUGGAAGGCCAGCGACAACAGAUCAAGUGCCAGAACUGCACCGAAAAGCAACAGGCCAUUGCAAAAUGCAUGGAUUGUGACCUUCUGCUCUGUCAGGAAUGCAAGUGGGCUCACAACCGCAUGUCUGUGAUGAAGUCACAUGGCGUCUUCACGCUGGCUCAGCUGGAAUCAGGAGAGUUCAUAUACAAGAGCAAACUCAGAGAGGAAAUCCCCAAAUGUGAAAAGCAUCCAGGUCAGAAUCUCUGCUUCUACUGCAACACGUGUGAGCAGUUGAUAUGCACGAGCUGCACAGUUCUGGACCACAAAUCCACCGAGCAUUCCCUUGCUGGAAUACCAGAAGCACUGGACAAAUGCAUACAGGACAUCACAGAGCUGGUUACAAUAGCUGAACAGAAAAAGCCUCAACUCUUCAUUGCCUGGGCACAGAACAAGUUGGAUGAUGUGCACAGGAUCAUGGGCGAAGCAAGCUGCUACGAGAUUCUUGAACUCAAGCCAAAGCUUUUGGACAACCUCAGAGAAUUGACAGAGCAUCAACCGGAAAAAUUGUCUCAUACUUUGCUGUUCACGGACUCUGAAGACCCACAGCUGGUCACAGACACUGGAAGUGAUUCCCAAAAGAAAUUGUUUGAGAGAUCAGAAGCAGACAUGUGUACCAAUGGUAAAACAUCAGCCGGUCCUAGAGAAGCAUCUGUAACACAGACAUGGAAACUGAAAACAGAAUAUGCAGAUUUCUACAAUGUCAAUUCAUCCUUGACUGAUAUUGCAAUGUACUCUAGUGGUGAGACAGUGGCCCUAGACAGUGGACAGAGGGAACUGAUUUCCAUCACACCCAUGGGCGCUCAAUUCUCUGCCACAUACCGGUGUCUACAUAAGAAGUAUCUAAAGAAGCCAAGGUGCAUUUCAGUGAACAGGCAAGACCAGCUUUUAGUUCUGGAUGGCUCAAUGGUUAAGAUCUUUUAUGGCCAGUAUCAGCAGCACCAGUUCACAACUGGCAAGGGUCCAGAUAAUGAACCCACGUGCAUCGCUGUGGAUGAUGACAAUCAAAUAGCAGUGGGUUACCAGAAAAGUGAGGAGAUAACCCUUCAUACCAUGGACGGCUCCCCGAUCAGAAAAGUGUCUGCUCCAAUGAUGGGUACCUGCUUGACUGUCUCCAGACGGCGCUUCAUCUACACUUCUUCAAAGAACAAUAAGUUACUGGCUUUGGAUUGCAACGGGGCCAUGCUGUUUUCCAUUGACACUGUCCCUGGCACAAUUGGUUUUAGAAGUGUCUGCUGUGACAGAGAUGGCAGCAUUUACACUGCAGUUCAAGAAUCCUUGUUUUCCGGUUCCAUCCUUCAUUUCAGCCCCUAUGGUGAGCACAAGGGAUGUGUGAUCAGGGACUGCAAUGGUCCCUCUGGCAUAGCCUUCUCAGGCAGUGGUCAGCUGUUGGUGGCUGCAACAGACUGCAUACAAAUCUAUCAUAAUGCUUAAAGAGGCUGAAUUCUUAGAGAUACUCAGUGGAAACUGCAUGCAUUUUCAUUUCAUUUCAAAUGUACAAGUAUUUUACACGAGAAGUGAAGGCUUGAAAUAACUUGUACAGUAAAGGAGGAACCAACUGCCGGUAUGCUCAAAAGUACAUUGUACAACAAGCAGUUUUUCCUGCAUGAUUUGUUUUAACCACCUGGUGCCAGGGUUCCUGGUACUGGGGACCUUAGGAUUGUACACAUAGCCGCGGUGCCCAAAAUCGAACAAAGGAGCUGGGCCUUGUAACAAAAGACUGUAUUCGGAACAAAAGACCGAACUGCUGGGAAUUGCCAAUGUUUUUCUGCACAGCAUGCUGACAUUAGUGGAGGUAAUCCGUCAUUGUUUUGAAACAGUAUACCAAUGUUUGUGGCAUUAGGUGCCUGCAGAUUAUCAGCAGGGACAAAAGUGCUCCAGCACUCCAGCGAUGAGCGAUACGGUACGGCUGCAUGCUAAUCUGGCCGCAUUUGA